AUGUCAACAAAUGAUAAAUAUAAUAAACUAGAACUUCGCRAGAUAAUGUGUGAUCAUUUUACACCGCCCUGUCCGGAUGGAUUGGAUUUCCGAGCGGUGCAGUGUUCGGCAUAUAACGACCAGCCAUACGACGGUGAGACCGUGGAAUGGCAUCCUUACUACGACGAGGAGAGCCCUUGUACACUAAUGUGCGUCGACUCUAAAGGUCGAGUUGAAGAAAUGGCCCCCAGGGUGAGAGACGGCACCAGGUGCAGGCUGGGUUCGUUGGACAUGUGUAUCGACGGAGUGUGUCAGCUAGUUGAUUGGAAGUGGGUUGCUGACGACAACUGGAGUCCCUGUAGCAAAACAUGUGGAGGCGGAAUAAGGGUACGACACGUUUAUUGUGUGGAAGAAACAAAUGGCACUAGAACAAAGGUAUGGCAUCACAUGUGUCACGGGCAUAAACCAAAAACUCAGGAACAGUGCAACAUCCAACCGUGUUAUUCCGACUGGUCAACAGGUGAAUGGUCCAAAUGUUCGGCGACUUGUGGCGACGGAAUGCAGAUCAGGAACGUUACUUGCAAAUCGAAACAAAAGUACCUGACUUGCGAUCCGAUGACAGAACCCAGGCGGACCAAGACUUGUUCGACUAAGUUGCCAUGUUAUAGCGAAAAUUUCGACUCAGACUCGGAUUUCCAAGCGUCGUCCAAAUCGAGUUUUUCACAAGCCCACGCUCAACGAUUGAUCGGCCAACAAAAACCUUCCCCACACACACUGUUCGUUUCCGACAAUUGGAGCCCAUGCAGCGUCACGUGCGGUGAUGGUAUCAGGACGAGAAAAGUGUACUGCAAAGCUCAUUUAGAUUACACUCAGAUCAUGACGAAGUUAACAGAUGACGCGUGCGUCGGUCCCAAACCACCAGAGGUUGAAAAAUGUUUCUCGGUGCCCUGUUCGUUGAACAAAAUAUUUGAUCAAAAUGAGAGGUCCAUCAGGGAUGGUUACGCAGACGCCAGCUCCGAUGAUUUUAAUCCACCGAAAGUCGCCCCCGGUUCGUUUGGUAAAACAUACUCUUGGAAAAGAGAAGGCUUUACGCAUUGCAGUGCUUCUUGUCUUGGAGGUGUACAAGAAUCGUUGGUGCUGUGCGUACGCGAAGAAGACAAGAAAAUUGUCUCCCCGUACUUGUGUUCCCGAAACGAUCAGCCCGAAGUACUGACGCAGACGUGUAACGACCAACCUUGCCCACCCCGRUGGAACGUUAGUGACUUCCAGCCGUGUUCGCAGAGCUGCGGAAUYGGGCUUCAGAUGCGCGAAGUCAACUGCAUACACGAAGUGACCGAAGGGAACACAGCUAUCGUGCCGAACAACAUGUGUCCACAACCACCGCCCACGGACCGGAAGCAAUGCAACAUGAUCGACUGCCCCACGGAAUGGAGAACUUCUGAAUGGUCAAAGUGUAGUAAAAAGUGUAACGGUGGAGUCAAAACCAGAGUAGUGGAGUGCGUGCAGAGGAUUGCCCAUGGACACAUCAUAAAUCGGCCAGACACAGAUUGUGGCACCGACAAACCRCUCGACAGCAGACUGUGCAACCCGAACGCUUGCAGUUCGCAGGAAGCGGUCAUGGUGUCAGAUGUAGCCCAGAAAUACGAACAGGCCACCACCGAGGAGGACGUCAUGCUCAAAGUCGGGGGUGAGGCGACGGUGUACAGAGGGGUGGAAAUGAAGAUGCGGUGUCCCGUUAACAAGAGGGGAAAAAUACAGUGGUCAAAAGACGGUCAGCCGUUGCAAAAUGGCAAGAAGGUCCGGAUAUCGAAAAAAGGCAUCCUCAAGAUCCGGGCCACCACGUACUCGGACCGAGGCACCUAUACGUGUAAAGCUGGUAACGCCCAAGCGACAAUGAACAUUAACAUCAAACCCCAACCAGGAGAAUUUCCGAGUUCCGAAGAAAUCGACAAGCCUUUGAACCAACAAGACCCAGGUAUGAAUCCUUCAUACGCGAAUCCACAAGGGAUGGAACCAUCAUUCGACAUCAGCCACGAACGCAUCAAAGGCGAACACAAUCGCGAACAGAAACACAAACAGUCACGACAGAAAAGUACCACCAUUCAGUCAACCGUAACGAGCACGGCAUCUUCCGAAAAGCAUGUAGUGGAAACAGAGAAAAAUGCUAUAGACGUCUCCCCAAAACCCACCACUUCCGGAAGUUCACGAAACUUGCCUCACCUUCACAGUCUUCUUUUUAACCUCAAGGCUCUGUGGCCAUUUCAGGGUGUGAGCAACGCAAAGGUGAAUAGAAUGUUCAUGGAAGAACCGGCGAACCCAGUGCCAGAAAUCGAAACCAGCACCGAGGAGGACACGUUCGGCAAACCCGUUUUGCUCGGCAAAGGUGACCGGAAAAGCGUGAAAUUCGAAUGGGUCAUCACGGAAUGGUCAGACUGCUCUCCGCCUUGCGGGGGAAAUGGUUUUCAGCAGAUGAGAGCAGCUCACUGCAUGGUCAAACUGAACAACAUGACACAAAGCGUGGACAACAACUUGUGCGAGGACGCCCGGUUACCGACGCCCGUCACCAUACAAAAGUGCGAAACGGAUGAUUGUCCGCAGUGGUCGGUGACCGAAUGGAAACCGUGUGAGGAGUCCAAAUGCUUCACCUGGAAUACUGCGAUGCAGAGGCGAAACGUGUACUGUCAGAAUUCGGAUGGAGCCACUAUAUCGGACGAGGCGUGCCACGGGAUCGAAAAGCCAGUGAACCGGAAGGAAUGCUACAACGAUCAGUGCAAAGGCACUUGGAAAGUGGGCGAAUGGUCCGAGUGUACGGCGUCUUGCGAAAAGGAUGGGCUGAGGUACCGAAUAUUGCAGUGCGUUUGGUACGGCACCAAUAAGCCGGCCGGGACCGCCUGCCGCGACCAGCCCAGACCACCGGUGAUGAAGACUUGCACCGGACCGCAGUGCGCAACAAAAGACGAAUGCAAAGAUCACAGCAAACACAACUGCAAGAACGUAAAACAAAUGAACAUGUGUCACUUGCGUCAAUACCAAACACAGUGUUGUCUAUCGUGUGCAUAAAUACAUCACCACUGUAAUUUUAUUUUUCUAUUAAAAUUUUUUUUUUGUGUAAGUUUCAACGUGUUAAUACGUGUUUUUAACAUUCAUUCCGUUGUACAUAAUUAUUAUAUACGAUGAGUUACAAUAAGUAUUAAGUGUAACACACUGACGCACGUCUUGUUGAACUAAUAUUAAUAUAUUGUUAAGUAGGUAAAAUAUUAUUUUAUUCCGAUUUUGAAUGUGUGCCGUUGGUUACGUAUGAUAUUUUGUACUCUUUAGUAUACUAUUAUACUAUUCCUAGCAUUCUAUUUUUUUAUUGUUCCGUUUUCGUUGAAUAGGUAGGUACACACAUAAGCGGAAAUUGGCUACUAUUGUUUUCUUUUUUUGAUGGGGGGAGGGGAAAGAGUUCUAAAACUUGAGAAGAAAUUAUUUUUUACUUCUCUCAAAAUACCUUAUUAAAAUGCUAUGUUAUAGAUGAUGUUACCAAAUGAUGAUAUUUUUGUUUAAUAGCUGUUAUAGGUAUUCCGCGAAAUCUUGAAAAUUUAAAAAUUGUUUUGGACUUAAAAAUUGUACCUAAUAAAGUAAUACAAUUUUCAAUUUUAAAA